CAUUCGUUCAACAGUUGUUGGUCGCGGUCGGAUUGAUUGAGUUGCUGGGUCAAUUAGUGAAGAAAAAUAUUGCUAGUGGAAAUUGGUCAAGAUGGUGAACCGAAGCUGGCUACUAACGGCCCUCGUUGGGAUGGUUCUGAUUUACGAAGCUACUGCAAUCAACUGUAUCAUAUGCGCAGACACGGACACGGAUCAAACUUGUGCACAAGGAACUGGAAAAACUCCUAGUUCUUGCACAAAUACCGAUGACGUGUGCUACAUGCGCAACAAUGGCAACAAAAUCGAACGUGGCUGCCUGAAAGAUCUUCCCGUGGCGGACCAGUCCAACUGUGCAGCCGUGGAAGGUCAAUCCUGCAUGACCUGUCCGGCGGACGGUUGCAAUAGCGCCACGUGGGUGAAAUGUCACAAGUGUGUUGAAACCACAAACACUUGCACCAACGAGCAGGAACUCACUGGAGCAAGUGUCUGCAGUAAAUAUGUCAAGGAAGAUCAAUGCUACGCCAAGGUCGAUGGAAAUGAAGUAACUCGCGGUUGUAAAUCGGACCUCCCGGCCACGAACGACGGCUGCACCAACAACAAAUACUGCGACGUGUGCUCCGGAGAUGGAUGCAACAGCCUAUCGGGUGAAAAGUUACGGACCUUCCCCAAGUGUCUGAUUUGCAAGUCAACAGAUGCUAAAUGCAUUGAUGCGAGCUCUCCAGCUGUGGAGUGUGACAAGCGGGAUGAUACCUGUUUCACUCGAUUGCAAGCCAACGUUCUGGAACGUGGAUGUUUGUCCACUUUGACCAUCGCCGACCAAAACAAAUGCAAGGACGAUCAGGAUGCCACCUGCUUGGCCUGUACCGAUGCGGAAGCAUGCAACAAGCAAAACUGGCUCAUGUGCCAUCAGUGUAAGGAAACGGACGCUGCAACCUGCGCCGAAGUUCAAACCGAUGACAAGGCACAGUUCUGCAAAACCUACAAGGACGGAAAUCAGUGCUACGAACGUUUGGAAAGCACUAAGAUAGUCCGUGGAUGCGUGACCGAUUUGGCGAUUAACGAAAACCCCUGUAAGGACAAUACUGAGUGCCGACAGUGUCCGGCCAACGCUUGCAACAAGGAAGCUGCAGCUACUUUGCUGAACACAGACCGAUGCAUCCAAUGUAGCACCAGCGUGGACGCUGACGGAAGCUGUCUAUCGGGAAAAGCUGCCAGCCAACCCUGUGCCAAGCCAUCGGAGAAGAAGUGCUACGCGAAGACGGAUACCGAGGGUGUUCUUACGCGAGGCUGCCAAGGGGACCUGACGGCCGAUGAGAUCAAGGCCUGUACCGGCAAGAUGUGCGAAAUUUGCGAAGCCGAAAAAUGCACCAAAAUCUUCCCGACGGAUCGUCUGCGGUGCUACCAGUGCAACAGCGGUUCGGACAAAACUUGCUCAGACCAGUUGACGGGCGAGCCCAAGUCCAACUACUGCAAGGUUUACAAGGCCGGGGAUCAGUGCUACGCACGUAUCGUUAAUAAUGUUUUUGAACGAGGAUGUCAAUCCGACCUGAAGGCAGCCGCUUGCGAUGGGCUGGGUGGAAAGGAAUGCACAACCUGUACCACUGAGAAUUGCAACCAAGUUUCGGAAGAUCGACUGAAAAACUCGGCCGGACAAAAGGCAGCCAGCUCGAUCUUGGUUGCCUCCGCUGUGGCCUUGAUUAUAUUUAAGUAAUUUAUGUAACGAUAGCUGUAGCUGAAUUGUGAUGUAAAUAAAGCCUUAAUUUGACUAAGAA